AUGAUUCUCGGUGGAAUAUUCUUUCUAUUGACUGCUCAAAUGCUCAAGGCAUCAAUUUGGCACAGAACAGAAAACUCAGCUAGCUUAUCACCAGCUGAAGUUUCAUCAGCUGUAUCAGGCUCCACAGGUUUUGACCUAGUUGAACUUCUUGAACCAACUUUACCUCGUUCUCAAAUCUAUGAAAAGGCUUCUUUGGAGCUAAAGAGAUUAAGUGGACAGCCAAUUUGUAAUCGAGUGGCGGCCAAAUUAUUGAUCAAUAAUUGCAAAAGUCUGAAUGAAAUUGACGAACAGAACUACCAUAGUAAUCGUGGACAACUACAACAAGAUCAGGUUGAUGCAUUCGCAGCAACCCUGACAAUGUGUGACAUGGAGAGAGCUAACUUUAACAUUCCAACCUCCUGUAUUAUGUUCACUAGUAAUAGCUUACUUAGGGCAGCGGAUAUUCACAAGGAACUUAGAUUUUCUUCUCAUGAAAUAAAUGAGUGCUUGCAAGGCCUCGGGAAAAACUCUAAGCACUGGGCCACUUGGCUAAGUUAUAGGGAUUCAGCAUUACUUUUCUGUCGAGCAGCUCGCCUGAACAUCGAAAGAGAUGAAUCGAUCUCGGUGCACCAAAAUCUGACUCUGAUAUUAAAGGAAUUCACGAGUGACUUAUACCUAGACCUGCAGAGUUUGAGGUCUAAAGUUGCAAGAAAUGUGGAUUCAAUUGAAUCUAAGUUUAAGACACUUGAUUCCAAUUCUUUAAAUUGGAAAUUGACACUUGACAAUAUGCUAAAAGAGGUACUCGAGAGUAUAAACUCGAAGGGCUUCCAUUUGGAGGUUGAAAAUAUUACAAAGGAGAGUAUUAGAGCUCGUAUCGGGGUCGAAAAAGUUUUUUCAGCAAUACUACAAAAUAAUGCACAAAUGGUAGCAAAACAACGCCAGGAAAUGGAAUUCGCAACCAGUGAAAAUAUCCAAAAUUUAAAGGCUCUUAAGAAACUUUUUUCUGAUUCAGAUCUGCAUGCUAUGACUUUAAAAACAAAACUGAUUGAAAUGCAAAACUUGAUGGUAGGGUUUCAAACCCGACAAGAUAUAGCCGAAAGGCGAGCACAAGAAAUCUUUACUCAUCUUGGAAAUAUCAGCAUGCUGUUGCAUGAUUACGCGCGGGACCUCGAGCAAACAAAUUUGGCGGCAAGGGAUACUUUUAACUUAUUGAGGUUCCCUUUUUUAAUUAUUUCUUUAAGUCGGGGGCCUUUGGAAUUGAGACUCAUUUGGCUUAUAUUACUUGUAAUUGCUGGUAGUUCAACAGUUUUGAUGACCAAGAAGCGAUUCGUUAAUUCAUCUAUGGCUGCAAACCUAAUUUUGAUAUUCUUCGGAUUUCUUGUUGGGAACUUGACUGUAUCAAUGAUGCACUGGCAGUGGCAGUGGCAAGAUUGGAUUAACAUUUUUCUACCAUCUUCUUUGGCAGCUUUAAGUCAUAUCAAGUCUACAAAUAAUUCCUUAGUAGACUUAGAUUCCAACAUAUCAUCUACAACAUAA